UAGCCAUUAGCUACUGUUCACCGCCGUCUUGACUUACGAGUACCGAUAUUGUAAAUUAAUAAAUUAUAAUAUUGUAAUUUUAAUCGUUCUCCUCUCUGUACCUGUUCGUCCUCGUUCCAAAUUCACACGUUCCCGAUUCUCAAGAAAAUACCAGCAUGGGUGGAGAUUUUGGACAACUGAAAACUGAUAUUCGUGGAGUUAUUACUACCAAAUUGUCUCCAUUUGAACAAAAAGCAUUCAAAGGAAUCAUUUCUCAUGGAAUUCCUAAUUCCAUUAAAAGGACAGCCUCUAAUAUACCAUUCAUUGUUCCACCAAUGAUCGUUGGUUACAUUGUCUACGAUUGGGCUGUCAAUGCUCAUCAUAAAAGUUUGAGAAAGAAUCCUGCUGACUUUGCCAAUGAUCAAUAACUUUCUUUUUAAUUUUACUGCUUUUGUAAAAUGUAAUCAUCUUAAAUUACUGUAGAAAAAAAAUGUUUGUCAAACAUAAUUAUYUGUGAAGCAACAGACAACAGUAAAAUGUAAUAAAAUAUUUUAUUUGUUAUAUAGCUGAAA